GUCUAUGUAUAAUAAUUAACAACUCAUUAAAAUAAAUACUGAUAAAUCUGUCUGGAGUGAUAUUCUACACACACACACAGAGUCAGUGGGAGGAGAUGGUGGUGUGCUGGUUCAGGAGGAGCAGGAGCUGCAGGUGAUGAGAGUCAGUGGGAGGAGAGUCAGUGGUGUGCUGGUUCAGGAGGAGCAGGAGCUGCAGGUGAUAAGGCUGUGUUCAUGUCCACACAACGUCCUGCUCAUGAAGAUUACAGCUCUGAAUGGACUUUAUCUCACCGGUCACCUGAGCUCUAAGGUGUGUUUGAUGGGGGAGAUGUUUCUCCAGCAGCUGUUGCUAGGCAGUCUGGUGGUUGGGACUUUGCUCUAUCUGAUAACACACCUUGGUCAUCUGGACAGAGUGCAGGUGGUUUGUCCCACUGAGAACAUGACAUGCGCUGCUGGUGUUUCAGUUCAGCAUGAACAGGGCGUGUUGUAUGUGCAGCGCAGGGGCGGAGUCACAAGAGGACACCUGGUGCAGCAGCUUCCACAUGCCAUCAUCAUUGGAGUGAGAAAAGGAGGAACUCGAGCUCUGCUGGAGAUGCUCAGCCUACACCCUGCAGUGGUCAAGGCCUCACAGGAAGUGCACUUCUUUGACAGCGAUGAGAAUUAUGGGCAGGGUUUCACCUGGUACCGCAGCCGCAUGCCGCUUUCCCUUAUCGAUCAUGUGACGAUCGAGAAAAGCCCUGCCUACUUCACCACAGAGAAGGUUCCGGAGCGGAUAUUCAGGAUGAACGCGUCCGUGAAGCUGUUGCUGAUCGUGCGUGAUCCUGUCACCCGAGCCAUCUCCGAUUACGCACAGGUCCUGGAGGGCAAGCAUCGGAAAAACAAAACAUACCCUGGGUUCGAGUCGCUUGCCCUCGACGGCGCCACCCGCAGCGUGAACACGAAGUACAAAGCCGUGAGCUCCAGCGUCUACACCAAACACCUGGAGCACUGGCUCCACUUCUUCCCCGUUCAGCAGCUCCACGUGGUGGACGGAGACCGGCUGAUCUCGGAUCCUCUCCCAGAACUCCAGAUGGUGGAGAAGUUCCUGAGCCUGACACCUCGGAUCAGCCGUGACAACCUGUACUUCAACGCCACGCGUGGGUUCUACUGCCUCCGCUCAGAACGGAACCGGGUCAGGAGAUGUCUGGCAGGAAGUAAAGGCCGCGCUCAUCCACACGUCCGUCCAGCCGUACUGGACAAACUCAGACUAUACUUCCAUCCGUACAAUCAGAAAUUUUACCAAAUCACUGGAAGGACAUUCAACUGGCCAUGACCACACACACACACACACACUCACACACUCCAACUGAGAGACUCACACAGUGAAAUGAUUUAUUAUUAUUAUUAUUAUUAUUAUUAUUAUUAUUACAACUAACUGGACACACAACCCCUUUAAACAUCAUGUCCACAUGGGGUCAUGCAGCACAGAUUAGUGAACAUAUUUCUUUAGAUUUCUGAAAGCAGUAAUAACAGCAGCACUGUAUAAACACCUAAUAGAUUAAAUAACACACUCUCGUGUUAAAUCUAUAACACAGCCUCAUGUGGCCAGACAAGACCGACAGCAGGAGCUCUGGACUCCACAGUGGACUCCAGAUAAAUGUGUAAAGCAGCCGAUCUCAGUUUGUUUUGUUCAUCAUGGUGUUCUGGGGUGUGAGAAAGUUAAGUGAGACUAUACCAAGAACUGGACAUCAUUUGGAAAAUCCGGCGUUUAGCUGAUCCUCAUAAGGGCUCAUUGUCAUUUCUUUCUUCCUUCUUCCAUUAGCGUAGCGUCUCAACGGCUUUACUCCAGACAGAUCACUAAAAAUGUGAAACCAUCAUCUCCUGGAAGUCCUGUAGUACACCACUGACCGGACAAUGACUUCUCCUGAAGUGUUUCAGAUUUUGUGAGCUGUAUGGAUCAGAUGUUCAGCUCAGGCGUGAGGCUGAGAAUACUAUAACACUGACUCUGGUGGCUUAGCAGUCUAGCUUAAUGCUAAGAAAAGAAAAACACAAUCUACGUUUCCAUACCACCUCAUCAAGGUUCUUUUUAAUUUAUUAUUUUAUUUUUCUUAAAAAGGUUCAGCUUAUUAAAAUGUUUAUGGACAUAGCUGAAGGAAACGCAAACUAUUUAUUAAUUCAUUAAGUGCUGACAUUUCCUAGACCAAUGCACCGGUCAGAGACGUGCGCAUCCCGAAACCCGUUGCUAUGGUUACCUUUAUGUCGGUCAUCACAAUUUCAGGAGAGACUCAGGGAAAUGAUCAUUUAUCAGGUUUUACUCCUGUAUAUAAACACUCCUGAAUCUUUACAGUGUGUUCUCCUGAGCAGAACAGAGAACAAAACUUUUAUUAAAGUAAAAAUAAACAGACAGAGCUCUCCCUUUAUAAUCGCUUCAGGUCAGCACAAACUUCUUAUUUUUUCUCAUUUAUUUCCACCCAUGGUAUGUUGUUAUAACUGUGUAAUAUCAUAAUAAUAUACCGGAUUAUUAAUAAACCCUUGUGCCCCUCUCUGUGAGAGCCCCUGUUACUCAGAUCCACUGUUACCCUUGUCCGUCCACCUGAGGGCAGCUGAGCUAAGGUGUCUGACCUCCCAGAACCAUGACCUGGUGUCAGAGGUGUGCUGACCUCCCAGAACCAUGACCUGGUGUCAGAGGUGUGCUGACCUCCCAGAACCAUGACCUG